AUGUUCAACGCCGACACCGCCAUAUCUGAGAUUACCGCUGAGACCGAAAUCGCUAUGGAUAAUGGAAUACCCGCAAAUGCAUUCGGAACCCACGAACUCCUCGGUAUCUGCCUUCCCAGGAAAUCCGUUGCCGCCACCCUCGAGCUAGGCAAGCUCGGGGAGAUAGCACAGCAUUUUGCUGAUGCCUUACCCGAGAAAAUCUUCUCGCCUGCGGAGGUCCAAGGCUAUUUGCUGAUGCACAAGAUGGAGCCAAAGAAGGCGAUAGAGGAAGUGAGCAAGUGGAACGAUGAGAUGCUUGAGAUGAUGAAGAAGAAGAAGGGAAACAAGCUUGUAGUUGCUUGA